AUGUCCAGCAGAGCAGCAGUUCCUCAAAACGGUGUAGGCUAUUGUGUUGUAGCGAUUGUCUAUGAUCUUGUACCGGCUGAUCCGUUCUCCGCUCUAGUUUCUGCCUACGAGGCUGAUGUCGUCUUUCAGUCCAGUGACGGGGUCCAGUUCCGUCUUCACAAGAAGUUUCUCGAAAAUAGCAGCGGCGGUUUCCCUCCUUGUGACGCCCAUGCGCCAGCGGACGAGAUUAUUUCUCUUGACGAAGACUCGGAUACUCUGGACCUGCUAUUUCAGUUCGUGUACCCUCAGAGGUACCUCUACCUCAUGGACGUGAAGUUUGGAGUAAUGGCCAAGGUUGCGGAGGCUGCGGAGAAGUAUGGGAUUUUCCCUGCCAUGAAUCACUGUGAGAUGUGUAUGAGGCAGAACAUCACGACACAUGCCGACGAGGUCCUUGUUUAUGCAGCGAAGCACGACUAUCCGAUGGUGCUCGAUGUCGUAUCGACUCAUUCCCUGAAAGUUCCACUUGGAAGGAUGGCAACAAUUCUCCCGCCUCAUCUGCUUGUGUUAUGGGUAUGUUGUCGUGUUGAGACUUUCCCUAGUCAUCAGUAUCUGAAAUUUUCUCAGAUAAAAUGGUACCAGCUCUGGGUCGUGGUCAAAGAUUCAGUGAUUCAACGUGUGGAGACACACUAUGGUUCGUACGGAGAGUGCGAUUACUGGGCCAAAGAGCGUCGCAGUCCAUUCAUCGAACGGUUGGCAAGGGAUAUCUCUGUCCUUGUGGAUCCAGAUACAUUCUUUGCUGUGGCGAAGACGAAUGGCCGUGAUUGUUGCAAUAGACAUGUCGAGCGAUGGUGCAACGAUAUAAAGGUAGAAGUUCAGAAUGUUCCAUCUUUCAGUAGAUCUCGAAGUCUUAGUCGUGUUAGGUGA